GGGUCGUCGCGCGCAUCUUAGCUCUCAUGGUCUACAAACAUUGACCCAGUGGAUCGUCAGUACACGGUUAGUGUGAAGUGUGAAAAAAUGGCGGAUGUCGACUUGAAUAUCGACAAUUUAAUUCAGAGAUUACUUGACGUAUUUAAAACACCAAAUGAACAACAAGUUGUUCAACCGAAGAAAGGCAGACUUACUGAUAUAUUCUUGUCGGAUUUUUCGGUUCGAGCAUGUCGCCCAGGAAAGUCAGUUAUUAUGACGGAGGCUGAAGUACGUGGUCUAUGUCUAAAAAGCCGUGAGAUAUUUUUACAACAGCCGAUCCUAUUGGAAUUAGAAGCACCACUAAAAAUAUGUGGUGAUAUACAUGGACAGUACACAGAUUUAUUGCGCCUGUUUGAAUACGGGGGUUUUCCGCCCGAAUCAAAUUAUCUAUUUUUGGGUGAUUAUGUCGACAGAGGUAAACAAUCACUCGAAACAAUAUGUUUGUUACUAGCAUACAAAAUAAAGUAUCCUGAAAAUUUUUUUUUACUACGCGGUAAUCACGAAUGUGCUAGUAUAAAUAGGAUAUAUGGCUUCUAUGAUGAAUGCAAACGUAGGUAUAAUAUCAAACUGUGGAAAACAUUCACGGAUUGUUUCAAUUGUCUACCUAUCGCUGCUAUCAUCGAUGAAAAAAUUUUCUGUUGUCACGGCGGACUCAGCCCUGAUCUUCAGGGAAUGGAACAAAUUAGGAGAAUCAUGCGACCGACAGACGUACCAGACACUGGAUUGCUCUGCGAUUUGUUGUGGUCAGACCCCGACAAAGACGUUCAGGGUUGGGGUGAAAAUGACCGUGGUGUUUCUUUCACCUUUGGCCCUGACGUAGUGUCUAAGUUCUUGAAUCGUCAUGAUAUGGAUCUAAUAUGCCGUGCGCAUCAAGUUGUAGAGGAUGGUUACGAGUUUUUCGCAAAACGUCAGCUUGUCACGCUAUUCUCCGCCCCUAAUUACUGCGGUGAAUUUGAUAAUGCUGGUGGUAUGAUGAGUGUUGACGAAAAUCUUAUGUGCAGUUUUCAGAUUUUAAAACCGUCCGAGAAAAAAGCCAAGUAUCAAUACGGUGGCAUGCCUGGAAUUCAAACAGGAAGACCAUCAACCCCGCAAAAAAAUCCAACUAAGAAAAGCAAAAAAUGAUCUUCACCAGCUGAUCCAGGAUAGCAUUCACUCAUGUCAUUUUAGUUGCGGAGGCGUUCAAUUAUUCUAUUGAGCCGAUAACGUAACAGUCGAAUGUUUACAAGUACCUUCCUCUUCCUAUUAACUCGAUUAAUUACAUUAUAUUACAUAUAUUUAAACUCAAAUAUCAUAUUACUAUUAUUGUUACAAAAAAAUAAUAUUAUUAUUAA